AUGCUACACAACAAAGAACACCAUGACACGAACACCAAGAGGGAGCUAUGGGAAGCACUGCUGUCCAGCUCAGCCCUCAACCACCAGCUCGAGCUCAUCCAGAGAGCUGAGGCGAUGUUGUCACUGCUGAUUCUAUCCAUCGCCAUCGCUGUAGUAGCGGCUGGCUAUGGCUAUGGGCAUGGCUAUGGUGGGUAUGGAGGCUAUGGAGGUUACGGAGGCUACCGUGGAUACGGCGGCUACGGUGGCUAUGGUGGCUACGGUGGCUACUGGGGAUACGGCGGCUACGGUCACGGCGGAUAUGGUGGAUACGGUGGCUAUGGUGGCUACCGGGGACACGGCGGCUAUGGUGGCUACGGGGGAUAUGGCGGCUACGGUCACGGUGGAUAUGGUGGAUACGGCGGCUAUGGUGGUUAUGGAGGUUACGGUCACGGUGGCUACGGGCAUGGAUACAAAGUCAUCAGCUACGGACACGGACAUGGGUACCAUGGAUAG